CUCUGCAUCUCGUGCAUACCGGCUGUUUCCUCCCCCCUCUUUCUCUCAGUCUGCGUGCUGUAGCCUUGCUGUGCGGUCGUCUGAGCCCUCUGUUGUAGCACCAAAGGGAGGAGGAGCCACCGACACACACACACGCAUACUCACACAGACACACACACUCUGACACCUCACAUCAUCUCUUCUGCACUCUCACUGUAAGCACCAGCCAGCCAGCCAGCUAGCCAGCCAGGCCCGUUUGGAGCAGGGGAGCCCAGCCGUCUCGUCGCCCAAGAUGGAUGCAUUGAUGAAAGGGUUCUCCAUGGCCAAGGAAGGAGUGGUGGCCGCCGCAGAGAAGACCAAAGCCGGCAUGGAGGAGGCGGCAGCCAAGACCAAGGAAGGGGUGAUGUAUGUAGGCAAUAAGACAAAGGAGGGAGUUGUGUCAUCAGUAAACACAGUGACUAACAGGACUGUGGAUCAGGCCAACAUCGUUGGAGACACAGCAGUUGCCGGGGCCAACGAAGUGUCACAGGCAGCCGUGGAGGGGCUCGAGAACGUCGCUGCGUCAACCGGGGUGAUCAACCAGGAGGAGCCUGUAUACGAGGGAGAAUAUGGAGGAAUGGAGCAGGGUGGGGAAGGAGGAGAGGUAAGAAAACAGGGGUAUUAGUCGUCUUCAGGACCUCCUCUCCCGAGCUCUCCGGCGGCCCCUCUCUCCCCUCGCCUCGCUGUACCAGACUCCAGAUGUUCAACAUAUUUUUUUGUGACUUUACAGAACCAAAAUCAACUAAAACAGACUCUUCCGGAUGCCGCACCUCAGCCCCUAUCUCCCCCUCUGCCUCGUCACUCCGUGAUGCCCGCCCAGCAGCCCUCUGCCACCUGUCCUCUCCCCUUCUCCUCCCCUCGGACUUUCUGCAGCCUGUAGCUUUUCCUCCACUGCCCGUCUUUUCCUCGCCUCACCCGUGUGUUUAGUGUCGUCCUGAUAUGAACCCUGGUGUUGUUACCGCCCCCACGCCGACCAACCUAUAGGGAAACCUCACAGACAAACACACACGUACACACAAACAAAAAGAGAUACACCUUCAUUCGACACAUGCAUGAAACACACACAUACAGAACAUACAGUAAAUGCCAGCACAGACGCACACACUGGGCAAACGUGUUAAAUGUAGGACAUUUUGAGUGCGUAAAUACAGUUAAGCCUCUGCAGUCCACUACAAUAACAAUACAUCACUGCGUGACCGAGGCAGGGUAUGAGAGGGUGUGUGAUCUGCUGUUUGUGUGCCUGCGUGUCCACAAUAGCUUAUAUGUGUGUGUGUGUGUGUGUGCAUGUGUAGUUACUGGCAUAUAAAAUAAAUCACCAGAGGCUUGUGCAGGGAAUAGUGCAUUGAGGACAGAUAUCAUUCUGUUAUGUGUGCAGUAGUUAAGUUAGCUACAAUAGACUGCAUGAACAGAUGUGUAGAAUGACUUCUCUCGUGUUGUAACUAUAGAGUAGUGGCUGUUUUGUGUAGCUUUGUAUGGCUUAGUGUGUGUCACGACAUUUAGAAACAGGGUUAUUACAGUGUUAACUAUAAAGCAAUACACAAUGCUAAUCUCAACUGUUUAGAGCAGCUAUUUGAAUUGUGUUCAUGUGAUGCAGGAGAAAACAAGAGCAGUUGUUCCACAAGUUGUUAUUUAGUUUCAAAAUUUCAAAUAAUUUCUCUAUAGCAUUACAUAUUUGUGGCAACAUUUAAAGUGAGAAGAAAUAACAUAUUAGCUAUAAAUUAAUAAGAGUAACUGUUGGUUUAAUUAGAUUUGAUUGACAGGGGCAUCUCCCUGCAAACACCCAGAUUUUGAUUCUUAAAUUCUGAUUGGUUCAUGGAAAUCUCCUUUUUCCAACACAAUCCAGCCCACUUCAAACUAGCACCAAGAGCACAGGCAAAAACUAAAAUGGCUCAUGUUAAAUAACCAGUGUUGCUCUAUCUGUACACAGUAAUGUGUUAAUGAAUGUAGGACCCCAUCACUUACAGUACUUAAGAAGCUGAUUAACGUCUUCAACCCAGUCAUUACAAACUCUGUUCAAACCCACACAGGAUUUUAUUUUAAAUCCUAGUGGGAUAUGUCAGGCUGAAUAUCUGGGAGAAAUAAAAUGCUGUACAGUAAAUUUAAAAUCAUUUCAUUUGAUGGGCACUAAAAAACAUGGAGUCUUAGGUUUGAAUAUUUCCCUCAGUGUAAACAUCAAAUAGCUUCAAUAAAGAGUUUGAACAAGCUGAUAUAGAAUAUGUGUCAGACACAAGGGAAUAAGAUGAUUUUUUCAUAUUUAAAGCUACUUAAGGGGAAAUUAAAAGGGAAAACUGGGUUUAAGGGGCUUAAAAAAGUUUUCAGGGACUUAAUUCAAGGAGGAAAUAUGAGCAGCUGAUAAUGAUCAUCUCUUCUUAUCGUGUAGUUGCUUUUUAGUCUUUGUGAAAGUGGUUUGCAUGCCAUCGGGAGAAACAAGCAAUCUGAACAUUAGUCAGUUAGUUAUUCAGCUUUCUGUGAUGAAAAACAUUGAUUCAGUGAGAAAAUCAGUCUGCUAACAGAGCAGAAUGAAAGUUUGAGUUUUAUCAUGGAUCAGCUUUAUGUGUCGUUCUGUGUACAGCUUGAAUUCUGGGAUAUGUAGUUGUUUUCAAGGUAGUUUUUAUUUCCCACUAACUGGUCUGAAACCUGGCUGUUCUGAAGCUCCCGCCCAUCAACUGUCUCAGCCAAUCAGAGGAUUCCCUUCUCCUCUCAGUCAGUGUGAUGCUACCUUUCACUGCUCGUCUGCCCGGAAAUAGUGUGUGUGUCUGAAUGCACUGUAUGUGUGUGUGUGUGUACAGAUGUGUGUGUUAACAUAGAACCGGUUCAGCCAGCAAAGUGUGUGAGUGUGUGUUUGUGUCUAGAGCAGGUUUGUGUGUUUUUACUUUGAGGCCAAUGGAAACUGAUGACUGCAUGUUGCCUUAUCAAGCAAUCUGACAUUCACACACACAUAUAGACUACACACUACACCACACUUGUACUAACACACACACAGCACACUCUAAACAACACACAAUCACAAAUCCACCUCAAAUACACAAACACAAAUCGCACACCAUGUUUAAGCUGGCAUCAAAGCAGACUCGCUGAUUUUAUAAACAGUACCAGUGAAAUUAAAAAGGUUUUGUUGAAAUCCA